AUGUGUCAAUCCUCCCAAGACCGCCCGGACAGGCUGCACCAGCCAGAGAACCAUGUGGUAGGCACACCGUAUGAUGAUGCUGCUGCUGUUCCUCACCGCGACGACGACGCGGGGGGGCCUUUUUCUGAAGAGUUCCAGGACCCGGAGCGCUCCGCAUGGGCAAGUCAGGGGCCCAAUGUCCCGGACGAGACGCCGCGGGGCAUGUGUCCCGGGUGCCCAGCCGGUGACAUAUGCAUCGUGACACUUGACAACGACGACAUUCUGGUGCGAUUGAAGGAGGAAGGACGGCACGAACACCAAGGAGACGAGAUGGGCCGACUGUUUGAGGCCAUGGUUUAUGCGAUUGCACGCUGGGCGUCAGGCCAGGCGGCAGUUUCUCCGGUCCUUUGCUGUCACUGA